GCUCAGCAAAUCCUCUUGGAUAGAUAGGUGAUUUCAAAACUAUGAUGACUUCAAAAGGAAACAAUCAAGAAAUCUCAAUUUUGAUGUGAAAAUUUAUGAAUUAGAGCAGGGUAUUUUAUAAAGACUUACAGCCUCCUUGUUUGAAUGAUUUGAACAGUGCAAGCAAAUGAUUUUAUUGAUGAAAGCUCCCUUGCUCCUGAAAACAGGUUUAAAUGUAGUAGUCAGGCGUUCUACUUUAACAAAUACGAUGACUCUCACAAGUUUUCCUUCUACAGGCCCCACACACUAAACGAAUGCUGGUACAGAGUCUCUUACGACUCAGACUUGUUCAUCGGCAUCACUUUUGACAAAUAAUGUUACAAGAAACAGUUCCAUAGAGUUGUACUAUGAAAUCAGUGAUGGCAGGUUUGCAAUGAUCGAUAAUGAUCAAACCACCGCUAUUUUUAACUACACCAAUGAGAACAUUCUCAGCAUGCAAGCUGAUCGAAUUCCUUUUACGUUCCUUAUAAUACCCAACAUUCGGUACUUAGGCAGGGGAAGAAUGAUCGUUACAGCAUUGAAAAGGCAAGUUAUUAAAAAUAUUUUAGACCUGAUGACAAGAAAUUGUCCACUGUUGCUAUCAUCUUCAUCACGAUUGGAGCCUUAUGAGCUAUUUGAAUCAUUGCGGUCGUCAUAAAAUUCAUAUGAAGUUACAAAAAGAGCAAAAACAGAAUUGAUAUUCAUUCAGAGAUAGCUAGCAUCCGGAACUCCAUCCAACGGCAAGAGAUAGAAGCUGACCAUCAGAGUGUAUCUUUUGAUCAAAUUGCCCGUUAUAAUAACUAUUUAGUACACAAAGGAGAUAACAAAAGUCCUCGAAGUCCUGCCAAAGGCAUUAAUGAAAAAGUCCAUAUUGGCUCCAUGAUCCAGAUGAACAGGUUCAAGAAAUCUCGGAGAGAACUUGAAGAUAUUCGGAUGCUUAGCAACCUAGGGCUCAUCAACUUAAGCCAACUUAGGGAGAGUCCAGUCCCGAGAGAUCCCCAGUUAUAAUUUUUAUCUU